AUGCAACAACGCCAUUUCACAGCAUUCUAUUUUCUUUUGAUAUUAAGGACUUGGAGUGUCCGAGGACAAAGUGAUGGAUGUCUAUCACUUGAAGGAUCGAAAGCGUGUCCUGCAUAUAGUCGAUAUUAUCUCCCGCUUGUUGAGCUCGACGGCCGAUAUCCUUUUCUAGCGCAUGUCACCGACCUUGAUUCCUUUGAUCGAAUGCUCUUUGAUUAUGCUCAAUCAAACAACUUUUAUAUGGAUCGAUUUGGAUGUCAUAGCACCCAACGUGUACCUUACGCCCGCUAUUCACUUACGAGACUUUGCGCCAUGGUUGUUCACGAUGUCGCCUAUACUUCUCCGCACUGCAACGCCGACCAUGCUGUAGCACCUGUUCCACCUUUAUGUGAACGUACUUGCGAAGCUUGGAUGGAUAGCAUCUUGUCCAAUAUCAGAUACCGAUGCUUUAAUAGUGACCCGAAUUAUGGUUCUGUUAUGGAUUAUUCGUUCAUGGAGCAAUGCUUGGACCGAAGCUCUGUUGACAAUUGCAUUUCCGGGGAACAAAACGAACCUGAUCAUUGUGGAUUUCAAGGGAAUACAGCGAGUGCAUGUCAAUAUUGUCGCUACAAUCAGACUGACGCAUGUUGCAAUGAUAUGGCAUGCGGUGCUUUAUCGGGAGGUGACAUUGCCGGCAUCGUGGUUGGAUGUGUGGUUGGAGCAGCAAUGAUAGCUUUGGCUCUGUUUUGCCUAUGUUCGAUGCGACGACGCGUGCUCAGUAGACGAAAAAGCAGCAACAAUCAAUUCCAAUUCAAGACGUAUGAAGCAGCUCCUCUUGAUGAAGAUGAAUAUGAUAAGCAUGAUUCCAAUAUUCCUCUCACACACAACCUUGGUGGUAACGAUACAACACAAGACACCCAUCACACCAAUACAACGCCUGCUGCUUCCAAGGAGCCGAUGAUGGAUGAUGCAUCAGAGAUACCACCUACAACAGCAGCUACUACUAUGACUCCCCCUCUUUCGCCACCUCAACAACCACGACCUGAAGAUUUGUAUUUUGUUGUUUAUCCUUAUCCACCACAAAUGGGGGAUGAAUUGGCAUUGCAUGCAGGUGACUUGAUAUGUUUGGCAGUAUCAUUUGACGAUGGAUGGGCCAUUGGAUACAAUGUCAUGACCGGGCUCAAGGGAGCAUUUCCAAUGGUAUGCGUAACACCUGCGCCACCGGAUUUGAUCAUGGAUGAGCCACCACCACCAUCAUCAUCACAAUCAUUAUCCAUCAAGAACGAUGAUGAUGAUGAUGAUGAUGAUGAUGAAUCGAACAAGCCAUGCCACCACCACCAUGAUGACGAUCCUAUUACGUCGAAACCAACAAAGAUGGUGACACAGCCGAAUCAACUGAAACUUUUAAAUGUCGAUCGAAUCCGUGAAAAGGUGCGACGAUCCAUGAGUCUUGGCAAUUUGCCACCCACUUUUGCGACAAUGACGCAGCACCGCCACAUACCCAGACGCACCGCUAGUAUGCGUAAUACCAAUCUCUAUAAUCCUGCUGAGGCUGAUGAUAAUAGUCCCACUUCUCCCAAUACUCCCUUCUUUGAUAUGAACGCUGCCGCUGAUGAAGAUAUUGUUCCUUUGUCUAAAGCAGUUGUACGAUCCCCACCACCCCAACAAUUACAUAAAGAUAACAUUGUCUCUUUAUAA